AUGGGGCCCAGCAGCAGCAAAAGGGCCCCUCGAGAAAGCUUUUUGCUGCCUCCCUUCCACCCUGCUGCUUUUGCUGCUCCUCCAGGCACAGCAGCAGCCCGCUACUUCGCAGCAACAGCUGCUGCUGCUGCUGCUGCUGCUGCUGCAGCAGAACAGAGGCACCUCAGCCUUGUGGGGCCCCACACUGACUGGGACCCCUUACAUUAUCCCCACCAGGCUGAGUUGCUGCGGCAGCAGUUUUGUCUUCACCAGCAGUACCUGGGGGACAUAGCUCCUUACGGGGACCCUGCUGCUGCUGCUGCUGUUGCUGCUGCUGCUGCUGCUGGCUCGCCUUCCCAGCACCAGCUUGCUGCUGCUGCUGCUGCUGCUGCUGCUGCUUCUUACCGAAUCAUCGGCACCACUUACCCUGGAGGGGGGCCCCUCCCCCUUCCUGUUAAUCUGCAGGGGCCCCCCAGGGGCCCCGACCGCUUCAGAAGCUCAAACAGGGGCCCCCCCCGCCAGCAGCAGCAGCAGCAGCAGCAGCAGCAGCAGCAGCAGCACAGCGGGGACGUGGAGCCAAGGCCAAACCAAGAGCGUUCGCCGGCCUCAAAAACGACGCAGCAGCAGCAGAGCGACACGAGUCAGCAGCAGCAGCAGCAGCAGCAACAGGAACAGCCGGAAAAGCAGCAGGAGAAGCAGGAGCGACAGGAGCAGCAGAAGCAAAAGCGCCAAGAGGAGCAGCAGCAGGAACAGCAGGAGCAGCAGCAGCAAGAGCGGCAAGAGGAGCAGCCGCACGAGCAGCAGGAGCAGCAGAAGCAGCAAGAGCAGCAGCAGCAGCAAGAGCCGCCCCAGGAACAGCAGCAGCAGCAAGAGCCGCCACAGGAACAGCAGCAGCAGCAGCCGCAGCAGCAGCAACAGCAAGAGGAGCAGCAGGAACAGCAGCAGGCGCAGCAGCAGCAGCUCCCAGAGAAAAAGUCUCCUUCGUCUGCGUCUCCGGAGAGAGAUUUAGUUGAUCCCAAAGAAGCUGAGAAGCAGCAGCAGCAGCAGCAACAGCAGCAGCAGCAGCAGCAGCAGCAGCAGGAGUCUCCGGAGGAACCGCAACAGAAGCAGCAGCAGCCUGUAGAGGAGCAGCAGCAACAGCAACAGCAGAAGCAGCAUGACGGCUCGGAUGAAGAUCAGCAAGCCUUCACGGCUCCUGCACAGCAGCAGCAGCAGCAGCAGCAGCAGCAGCAAGAGCGGCAAGAGGAGCCCCAGCAGCAGCAGCAGCAGCAACCUGCUGAGGACGACAGCCCACAGCAACAGCAGCAACCUGCUGAGAAGGGAACCCCACAGCAGCAGCAGCAGCUGCCGCAGGAGCAGCAGGAGCAGCAGCAGAACGGCCUUUCAGCAAGCAGUCCUACUUCUCCAGAGUCCCUGGCGCCACAGCAGCAGCAACAGCAGCAGCAGCAGCCACAGCAGCAGCAGCAGCAGCAGCAGCAGCCACAGCAGGAGCACUGCGAAGCAGCUGAGGACACAGCGCCGCAGCAGGAGCAGCCAAAACAACCCAACAGCAAAAGAGCACAACAGCAGCAGCAGCCGAAGCAGCAGCAGCCGCGGCAGCCGCAACAGCAAGAGCCGCAGCAGCGGGAGCAGCAGCCGCAGCAGCAGAAGCAGCAGCAAAAGCAGCAGCAGCAGCAGGAAAAACAACCGCAGCAGCAGAAGCAACAGCAGGGGCAGCAGCAAGGGCAGCAGAAGCAACAGCAGGAACAGCAGCCGCAGCAGCAGAAGCAGCAGCAGGGGCAGCAGCAGCAGCAGCAGCAGCAGCAGACGCAGCAGCAGGAAGAACAGCCGCAGCAGAAGCAGCAGCAGGAGCAGCAGCAGCAACAGCACCAGCACGAGCAGCAGGAACAGGAGCAGCAGCAGCAGCAGCAGCAGCAGCCUUCGGGGCCCUCGAAGCCCGAGGUAGGGCAGCCUUAUCAGCAUGAGCAGCAGCAUCUGCAGCCACGGGAGCAGCAGCAACAGCAGCAGCAACAGCCGCAGCAACCAGCACAAGGAUCUGCUGAGCCCCAUGACAAGCAGCAGCAGCAGCAGCAGCAGCAAGAGGAGUCCCUGCGGCGGCAGCUAGGGUCCGAGAGCGGGUCUAGCCAGCAGCAGCAGCAGCAGCAGCAGCAGCAGCUGCCGGAGCCUAUGGAGGAAGAGCUUCAGCAGCAAAAGCAGCCGCAGAAGUUGCAGCAGCAGCAACCAGAUGACGAAGAGCAGCAGCAGCAGCAGCAUGAUUCCCCCCAGCAAGGCCGCAAGCAGCAGCAGCAGCAGCAGCCGCAGCAGCAGGAGCCGAAGCAGCAGGAGCAGCAGCAGCAGUCUGCGGAUCGAGGGCAGCAGCAGCAAGAGCAUGAGCCUCAGGAAGGCCAGGAGCAGCAGCAGCAAGAGCAUGAGCCUCAGGAGGGCCAGGAGCAGCAACAGCAGCAGCAGCAGCAGCAGCAGCAGCAGCAGGAGCAGCAGCAGCAGCAGGAGCAGCAGCAACCUAGGAAGCCCCGCUGGGCUGAUAUGGGAGAUGACCCAGACGCAGAUGAAGUGGGGUUUCCGGAUUACUUUGGGCAGCAGCUGCUGCAGCAGCAGCAGCAGUGGCUGCAGCAGCAGCUGCUGCAGGAGCACAUGCAGCAGCACAUGAGACAACGGAUUAUACAGCCCCCGAAGGAAGACAGCAGUAAGGCCAUCUAG